AUGCCUAAGGGCGGCGGAAAAGGAGCUGGGGCAAAGGCCGCCAAGUCUGCUCAUGAAGAACAAGUCAAGCAACAGAAACAGAAGGAGUUGGAGGACGCAGAGGCAGCUCAAUGGGCCGACGGGGCCAAGGAAAGCAAAGCCAGUAAGAAAGAGAAAGCAGAAAAGGCGGCAGCUGCCAAAGCUGAGCGAGAGCGCUUGUUGAAGGAAGAAGAGGAACAAGAAGCUAAGAAAACGACUGCGAAAGCAACAAAACCAGCAGCAUCCAAGCCAGCCAAAAAGGCAGCAUCCGGCCCCUCGUCAUCGGCUGUCCCCGAAUUCUCUGCCCGCAACAUUGCAUUGGAUCUGCUGGAUAUUGCGAACGAGAGAACAGACAAGGCUAGCUUAGGCGCCAAAGCAGCCAAAGGGGUCGAUGCACACCCCGAAAGACGCUUCAAGGCUGCUUUUGAGGCUUACAAAGAGAGUGAAAUGCCAGCUCUUCGGCAAGAGUUUCAGAAGCACCCCGAUAAUCCAUUCAACCAAGUUACUGUCUCUUAUGAUGCCACGAAACAAGACAAGGUGGCUGCACUGGAAACCAAGAAGAAGGAAAUUGAAGAAAGGUUGAAAACCAAUUGA